AUGGCAAAGUAUAAGAAAUGCAGACGAAAACAGAGAGCCCGAGCAAAAUUUCUACUGGGAAAAAAAGGAGAUGCUGCAAACCUCCAGGGCUCAGGUUGUCCUCCUCCACGGUCAGCAGGUGAUCUUCCUCUGAACAUGUCACCUGUCCCAAGCCAUCUGUCCUCACUCUGGUCGUUAGCCUUGCCCAGUAUAAAAAAUGUGGUAAAACCCUUUACAACAGCAGCAUCAUUUUUGUAUUGUUGGUGCCAGAACACGGUUGUACAGAGUUUUAAGGUGGUUAAAGACACUGUAUUUCCAUCACAAAUCUACUUAAGGGAGCUAAAUACGUUCAGAGAGCAGCUGGAAAAGUUGGAAACUGAAUUUUCCAGACUACAAGGAUUACUCCAGAUGAAUGGAACUGCAGCCUUGUCUUCAGAAAAUUCUCUUUGUCAAAGGUGUAAUAAACCAGUUCUAGGUGCUCCUGUACAAGUGCAGAUGGGCCUGCAGUCAUCAGUAUGUGGGCCUUCCACAACACAGCUGCAGCCUGUAUCUGCACCCCCUCCACCUCUUCCUCCGCCGCCGCCGCCGCCACCACCACCACUGCCCCCUCCAAAACUGCCUCCAGCACCAUUCCCCCUCAAACGGGGCAAUGGCUCUAAAGCACUUCUGGCACCAUCAAUGAAAAACGAUGGGCCGAUGCAGAUCACUCUCAAAGACCUCCUGAAUGUUAAACUGAAGAAGACAAACAGCAACCUGAGAAUGGACAAGGCAGAAUCACCAGUGAAGACACGCAGGGCAUUAAUUACAGUCUCAGAUUUACAGAGUGUUAGUCUGAGACCUAAAUCCAAGCCAUCAGCUCACGUUACAAACUCCUUGAUUACCCCUCUUAAAAAUCAGUUAGAUCUUCGAAAACAUCUGAAGAAAGUCAACAUACAAAGAAGUCCCGGUGGCACUCCACUAAAUAGUAAAGAAAACAUUGAAUGCGGUUCUGGGUUGACACCAAUUAUGACACAGGCACUACGGCGCAAGUUUCAGAUGGCUCAUCCAAAGAGUCCCUCGCCUGCCCGGUUAAGCGCAGCCAACAGCUUUGAUGAACAAAAGUAG